GCUUAUGCCCAUGCUUGUUCCCCGUGCAUCGGCUUGGAGGGUAUUAGCACCGCCACUAUGAGCGCUCGUAGCUUGUACAGCUAUGAGGCCGUGAGGCCCGGGCCCGACUGAAUUACCCGCCCUCAUCGCUGUGCGCGCUCGUCGCCUUUUAUCACCAUCUUCAUCGUCCCAUUCGGCUCGCGACCUUGCAAGCCCUUUUACUUUGCUGCAAUGGCAGUCGAACCGCUAUUGAGCACUAGAGCCCAGAAGGGUAUCAUGAUCACCAUUUUGAUUCAGGGUGUAAUCGUGAUAACAAUGGUCGGCUUGACCUUCGGUAUUUGUCGGAAUCGACUUGGAGAAGAGUUCGAUCACUCAGGUUACAAGACCCUCCCAUGUUACCUAGCUCUGUACAUUCUUGCAGAGUAUGACCCGUCUUUCACCCUAACCGAGAGUCCAACGAUUAACCAUGGUUAUACCAGGAUAUUCGAGCUUGCUAUGGCCUUCGAUGCCUUAAGAUUACGAAAUAUCAUCCAGUUUUUUGGGAUAAUACUCUUCCACCUAGCUCUUAUCGUUUUUUCAGCGUUGCAAGUGCACGAAACCAGAGACGCAGUUGAGCCCGAUGACGGCUUGUUCAAGACGGUGGAACCGUUCCUCAUCGUCGCACCGUGUAUUAUCGCUGCUUCUUGGUUCGUUAUGAUGUGGUUCAUUAAGGAGCUCUACAUUGAAUUCGGAUGGGUUAUCUUCCACGUCGUCGGGGCCAACCCCAAGCUGAAAUCAAUGUAUCAAUACUAUCAGGUCCUCAUAUGUCUGCUCAAGUUUGAUUUCUUCUGUUUUGUUGGAGUGACCAUGCAGAUGAUCAUUGUCGUCCUGUCGACCAACUCUGCCGAGUUCGGUCUUACAAUUGCUGCCAUUCCAGUGGUCAUUGUGCUUCUAGCUGCUUGCGCUUACGCGGUACAACGCGAGAUUAAGUGGAUGAUGAGUGCCUCUCUUGUGUUGAUGGUUGCAGCGAUGUCGUAUUUUUUCAAGCUAUACCGAUUUUAUGCUCCCGCUUCGCAGGCUCAGUACGUCACCACUCGGGCUACCCUUACUACCUUCACCGUUGUUGCCCUUCUUAUCCUCUUCGCGAGCUUUGUCGUUGGGAUCAAGUGUAUGUACGACUUUGGUAAAGGCCUUCACGGAUCCAAGGUUCAUGGUCAGUCGUACGCCCCUGUCAAGCUUCAGGAAAUAGAUGCUUUUGGACCUGCUGGCAUGGGCGAACGACAGUCCUCAUAUUUUACUGGUGGAGCACCUUUGGCUCCGACCAUCUCGAUUGAGUAAGAAAUCAUCCUGCUCUAACUUUUUCCACCAAGCGUGCAUGUGACGGUGACCACUCCUCUUACGAGUAAUUUACGAGGUUACAUAUGAUUCCAUUAGCUUGUUUCCUGUGAUUGUGCGAGUUUAUGGCGAUAGUUGCAGACUAACAUACCUACUAUCAAUUAUUCGACGGACAACGAAUGUUGUGUCUUUUUGUCGCAGGCAAGGUUACCCAUGUAGUUGAUAUAGUAGUUGUGUUGUUGGGUUUCAAUGCAGGUGACGUUUGGCU